GGUCAGUGGUUCGCCGGUCCGUGGACCGAUUGUACCAAGAGCUGUGGUGGUGGUUUGAAAUCGCGUAAGGUGAUCUGCAUCGCCAAUGAAACCGUGGUACCGGAGACGAACUGCAACGUGGACAAUAUUCAGCUGACGACGGAAUCUUGUAACGCAAAUGCUUGCACUGAGGAUGACGUUAUUCCGGUGUCCGUUGGUACGACGUUAUCGAUAGAGGAUGAUUACGAUGAGGAUGAGCUGUGCGACGAGGAUGAAGAAGGAAGCGGAGGUAGUGACCUGUUAAUCGAUGGUGAGGAGAGUGAAGAGGAAGGACAGGAGGGUGUAACGAAGAUCACCGACGAUACGUCGUUGGCUGAAGGUAUCGAAAUUGGUACUAGCCCUAGCGGCACGACCGAGUCCACCCUAGAAACGGAUGAGGUUAUGCUGAGCGAUGCGACCGGUUUCGAGACGGGUGCUACUGAUGCGGAUUCUGCCACCACAGACAGCACAGUUGAGGGAUCGGGUGCCGGUGAUGAAUCCGAUGAUGAAAAACCACCUCCGUAUAUCAUGGAGAAGACGGAUGAAGGGUCCGGAGAAAAGGGCGACGAAGACGAAUCCGUUACUUCGGUAUCUUCGGAUAAACCGCAACCCACAACUGGUGCCACGGUAUCGGGCAAGGAUUCUACAGACACAUCUUCCGGUUCGGAGGCUACUACGAUAGAAGUCGAGUCGCAGAGUACGACGGAAUCUUCAUCCGCAUCUUCUGUUGAUGAUUCGUCCGCAUCAUCGGUGUCAGCCUCUAGUGUAGAUUUCUCUACGACGGAUUCUACGGACGUGACGACGGAAACCACGGAGUCGUUCACCAGCACGACGGAGAAUGAUUCUACAACCGAGAUCGAUAGCACGACAGUGAGUGACGAUCUAUCAACCACCGUGGUCGCUUCAUCUUCCGACAUUCAGAGUACGACCGAGGACAGUAUCGUAAGUAGUACUUCCGUAUCCGAUAUUGUCAGUACUACGAAGGUGAUUGAGGGAUCAUCUACUGACGUAAGCAGUGUAGAUACUGACACCACAACGCCCGUGGGAACUGAUGUUACAGAGCAGUCGAGUAGCGAAUCUUCGGCUACGGAAACCACACCGGCAUCCUCUGCAGUCAGUGACUCCAGUUCAACUGAUGAGACGGCGACGGAAGUGUCUUCGGAUACCGGUAGCACGACUCUUGCCGGAUCGUCAGAUUCGACUGACGCUACGGAGUCGACGGUGGACUUCACUGGCUCAACGGUCACCGAGGAUGGACUCGAAGAUACUACGUACGACAUUUGGUCGUCGUCGACCAGUGCUACUGAUGAUGGUACAGAGGAACCGGAAAGUAGCACACCGUACACACUCACCUCGGUUAUCGCGAAGGAACAGAAACCACGCAAGUGUAAGCCAAGGCCCAAGGUACCCAAGUGUGCCAACUCAACCUAUGGUUGCUGCCCCGACGGUAAGACCAAGGCGACUGGUCCGUUUUCGGAGGGUUGUUCGCUUCCGGAGACCUGCAAGGAGACCAAGUAUGGUUGCUGUCCCGAUGGAUUAUCUCCAGCGACGGGUCCAAAGGAUCGAGGAUGUCCGAAAUCGGACUGCGCCGAUACGCUGUUCGGUUGCUGUCCGGACAAGCAAACGCCGUCCGAGGGUAACGAUCACGAGGGAUGCCCGGUUGAAACGACGACGGUCGCUGGAUGUAUUAUCAGCGAGUUCGGUUGUUGUGAUGAUGGCCUUACCGAAGCCAAGGGUCCAAAAUCCAAGGGUUGUCCGGGUGUUGUUGAAGAGGAGGAACCAUCGGCAACGGAAAAGACAACGGAACCGGUCCCAGUGCAGGAAGGCUGUGCCAGCUCGCAACAUGGAUGCUGUCCCGACAACACAACGGAAGCGUCGGGACCAAAUGGUGAAGGAUGUCAACCAUGCAGCAAGGAACCGUACGGCUGUUGUCCCGAUGGUAAAACUCCAGCGCAUGGCCAUAACCGUGAAGGAUGCUGCCUACAGUCGCCGUACGGUUGCUGCCCGGAUAAUGUGGUACCGGCCCAGGGACCGAACCAAGAGGGUUGCGAGUGCGAAUACUCACCUUAUGGUUGCUGUCCGGAUAACAAGACCUCAGCGCGUGGAUAUGGAAAUGCAGGAUGUGGUUGUCAGUACACGGAGCACGGUUGCUGUCCGGAUAAGGAGACGGAAGCGCAGGGACCGAACAACGCGGGAUGUCCAUGCCAUGCGUUCCAGUUCGGAUGCUGUCCGGAUGGUGCGACACCGGCCAAGGGUCCCCAUAAUCAAGGAUGCCAUUGUUCACACAGUGAGUUCAAGUGUUGCUCUGAUGGCCAGACGGCAGCCAAGGGUCCGGAUGCAGAGGGUUGCACCUGUGCGGAGAGCAAGUAUGGCUGCUGCCCAGAUGGAAGUACCGAGGCGCAGGGUAGCAAGUUUGAAGGUUGCACUGAUGUACCUGAGUCACCGCAGAAGGCUUGCGCCUUGCCGAAGGAUAAGGGUCCAUGUAACACCUAUGUCGUUAAGCAUUUCUUCGACGUGGAAUAUGGUGGUUGCGGUCGGUUCUGGUAUGGUGGUUGUGAUGGUAAUAACAAUCGAUUUGAUUCCGCUGAUGACUGUAAGGCCGUCUGCGAAACACCCGCCGGUAAGGAUGUAUGCCACCUGCCCAAGAUCACUGGACCGUGCACUGGACACUACAACAUGUGGUACUACGAUGCGGAGCGCAACUUGUGCUCCCAGUUCACAUACGGUGGCUGCCUCGGUAACGCCAAUCGGUUCGAAAAGCUGGAAGACUGCAAGGCGUUGUGUAGUGUGGAUGAUUCAAAACCGCCAUGCGAGCAACCCUUGGAACAUGGACCAUGUAAUGGUACCUUUGAACGUUGGCAUUACGACAAGGAAACGGAUGCCUGCCAACCGUUCUACUACGGUGGUUGCAAGGGCAAUAAGAACAACUACCAGACCGAGGCAUCGUGUAACUAUCACUGCAAGAAGCCAGGCGUGCACAAACCGAGCUGUAGCCAGCCACCGGAUGUGGGUAACUGCGAGGCCCAGCAAGCCCGCUGGUACUUUGCCGGUGAUAGUAACAAAUGCAUGCCCUUCUACUUUACCGGUUGUGGUGGGAAUGAGAAUCACUAUGUCUCGCGCGACCAAUGCGAAGCGCACUGUCCACCGAAGGUUGAAAAAGACACGUGCUUCCUUCCGGCGGAGACGGGCGAAUGCCAGAACUACACGGCUCACUGGUACUUUGACACGAAGGACAACCGCUGCCGUCAGUUCUAUUACGGUGGAUGCGGUGGCAAUGGCAACAACUUUGUGGAUGAGCAGGCUUGUAUCAGUCGUUGUAUCGAUGACGGUGCAAAGCAGGAACCAACGCAAACGGAAGCUCCCCAAAGACGCCCUCCCGUUGCGGAGCCCAGCCCUGGCGAGCAGUUCGAUCGUCGCUAUUGUCAGCUGCCGAUGGAUCAUGGCGACCGAGAGUGCAAACCAUACCAGGGACGGUUUUACUUUGAUUCUGCAGAAGGUGUCUGUAAACUCUUCACCUACACCGGGUGCGGUGGCAAUCAGAACAACUUCCAAACCGAGGCCGAAUGCGAGCAGUCUUGUGGUCGUGAGCAAAACAUUUGCGACCUGCCGCAGGAGAGAGGAGACUGCGGAGGAGAGGAAAGGAGGGAAGAACGCUGGUUCUACGAUCGUCGUGCCCAACGCUGUCUUACCUUUGACUACAGCGGCUGUGGAGGCAAUGGCAACAAUUUCUAUGGCCAGGACGAGUGUGAACGGCAGUGUAGUGGCCCCACACAAGUGGAUCUACGGAGACCAUCAGAACCUGAGCCGGUGCAAAAUGUUAGCCGUUGUGAACAGAUUCCAGAGUUUGGCAAUGGCGAGGACGAUCUGAUCCUGCACUACUAUGAUGCCGAACGACAAACGUGUGCUCUGUUCCGAUACAGUGGUUCCGGUGGUAAUACCAACCGUUUCGCUUCAGUGGAAGAAUGUGAUCGUGUCUGCGGUUUGUAUCGUGGAGUUGAUGUAUGCAAAGAUGGCAAGGAUGCUGGUCCAUGCGGGGAUUCGAUUCCGAGGUUCUACUACGAUUCUCGCACACAUGCGUGCUACGCGUUCAACUACAGUGGAUGUGAGGGUAACGGUAACCGAUUCGCGAAUGCGGAAGAGUGUGAAGGAACGUGUGUCCAUCGGCGAACGGACGAAGUCACCGAUUCAGCUGCGAAUGCCGUUAAUCCUUGCGAGCGAUACGAAGAGGAGUGCCGCCUGCUGCAAUGCCAGUACGGUAUCGCCAAAUCGUACGAUCCCAGUAACGGUUGUGACCGGUGCCAGUGCAACGAUCCAUGCGAUGGACAAUUCUGCCCACCGGGAACACAAUGUGUGGUCGAUGUACAGAGUGGUCGAGCAGUUGACGCUAGUGGAUCCGAGUUUGUGGGAGUGUGUAGGGCCACGGUCAAACCAGGAGACUGUCCAGCACUAACCAACGCAACGCAAUGUACCGUUGACUGUUAUUCGGAUGCCGAUUGCCGGGGUAAUAAUAAGUGUUGCGAUGCUGGCUGUGCCAGGAUAUGCAUCGGACCUGUGGAUCGACCAACUGGUGGCGUGCCGUCGGUUCCUGGCGUUCCCGGACCUACCGUGCUGGAGGAAGUGCCCGCUGAAGAACUCGACAUCAAGUCAGAAGAAGGUGGUGUGGCUACGCUCCGUUGCUUUGCUACCGGGUACCCACCACCAUCCAUUCGAUGGAGGAAGGGAGCGAUCAUGCUCAAUACGAAUCAAGGAAGGUACGUGCUUACCUCGACAGGAGAUUUACAGAUCGUACAACUGCAUCGUACUGAUAGUGGAACUUACGUCUGUAUUGCUGACAAUGGCGUCGGAGAGCCAGCCCUACGAGAGGUUCAGCUAACGGUCAACGAUCCGAUCCCGCGGGAUGCCUAUAUUGCGGGUAAUCUGAACGAUUCGCAAGUGAUUCAGCUGGGAGGGCCAGCCGCACUGCGCUGUGCGGCCGGCGGCUAUCCCAAUCCGGUCGUCAGUUGGUGGCGCGAAACGUUCAUGAUGCCCCUCAAUAUGGUGAACCGCGAUUACUCGCUCAACUUUGCGAGCGUACGCCUGCAGGAUCUGGGUCCGUAUGUGUGUCAAGCUUACUCUGGUGCUGGAAAAGGUAUAUCGCGCACGGUAACCCUGCUUGCCUAUGGACCCGUCGUACCGACUAGCCCGGUCGAUGAGAAGUACCUUAAGUACGUUAUCAGUGGUCGUCCACCGCCGUCUGUCACGGUAGUGGUUCGUCCUCCGACUUACCCAACGCGAGGCCGACCGCCUUAUGUUCCACCGGUUGCGAUUCGACCACCAGUUCCCGUCACGGUUGCGGUACACUUCCCGCAAGGACGUAAUCCGGUGCCGAACAGCAACUUUACCAUCAACUGUACGGUGGACGGUUAUCCGAAGCCCACGGUGAACUGGCUCAAGGAUGGACAGAUUAUGGUGCCAACCGAGCGUAUUCACAUCACCGACGAGAAUCUGCUGAUUGUAACUGGGGCUAUACCAUCCGAUAGUGGCCAAUACAAAUGUCUCGCCAGAAACGAUCAUUCGGAAGCUUUCCAGGAACAAAGCUUGCGUGUUGAAGGUGUUUAUGUGCCACCAGAAUGUACCGAUAACCAGCUGCUAGCCAAAUGCGAUCUGAUCGUCGCUGGACAUUAUUGCAACCACAAGUACUAUGCCAAGUUCUGCUGCCGAUCGUGUACGCUGGCGGGGCAGAUUAACAUAGGCAAUCGCCGCAAUUAGAACAGGAACGGUAUGCAUGAGAAUCUGUGUGCGCGAGUUUGUGUCAUGAUGUAUGUGCGUGUAUGUGUUUGUGUGUGUGAGUUAGUGUGUGUGUAUGAUUGUGCGUGUGCCAUAGUGAAAGAGACGUUCGAACAAUGAUAUAAACCAUCCGCAAAACUGUAGCAUUUCACAAUCAACCUCGUUAGAUUUCGGCAGGGAUGAGCUGCGAACUGUAUCCCUGUCAGCAACUAUGUGGUGGUCAAGGCUAAUAGUCACAGGGGCGCUUAUGGAAGCAUAGGGACGAAUUAAUCUUCAAAGCUUCGCCAACAAAGAGAUCACGGAGCCCUACGAUCAUACAAAAUGGUGGCAUUUAUACCAAAACGAACCCGAAAAAAACAUAUUUGGAUAUACUUAGAGAAUUAAACGAUCGCGUUUGAUAAUGUAGUUUGCUAUCGGAGUGCCUCGGGUGUGUCCGAUAAGUUGAAAUCGACCAUAACCGAGCCCGUUCCAUGAAGCUUUGGAAUCCAGAUCCGGAAGCUCAUUUGAGGCGAACCGAGCAAAAGAAUACAAAAAGAAAUUGAAAUCAUUAACACUUACAGCUGAUAUAAUGUUCGCGUUGUGGUCCCGGUUUUCCGUUAUUUAGAAGCAUGAGUUAAGAGCCUUCUUGUCGUGUGUAUUGCUUACUGUAAAUAAUUUAUUUCAAAUCUUUUACAACCGCCAGCUGAAGAAUGUCUGUAGCGAAUGUGGUGCAGAAAAGAGUAAAAAGUUUAAUACACGAAAUAAAGAUCCAUGGUUCCGAAUAUGAAUUAACAUGUGAAUCACAUCCAACCAAU